AUUCUUUCGCUGCUGUUCUGUCUUGACCGCUCCUCUCGAUCUCUGAUUUCUGAUUCCUCUGAUCUCUCUUCGUUUCGCGCUGAUCAUUGCCAGGCUCCGUCUUACUGCCUCUGCCAAACCCGAGGUGAGCUUAACGGGUUUGGAUUGGGUGUUUCUUUGGGGUAAAGUGUCCUGAAUUGAUGCUUCUCAUACAAUCAGAUUCACGGAGGACGAAUUUCGUUAUUCGCCGGAAUCAAGCUUAGGAGAUUUUAGGGGCUGAGAAGAUGGCUACAACGACGACAACGAGCGCUGUGUAUAUCCAUGUCAUCGAGGACGUCGUCAACAAAGUCCGUGAGGAGUUCAUUAACAACGGAGGUCCCGGCGAGAGUGUUCUCAACGAGCUCCAAGGAAUUUGGGAGAUGAAGAUGAUGCAAGCUGGAGUCUUGUCUGGACCGAUAGAGAGGUCAUCGGCUCAGAAGCCAACACCUGGAGGUCCAUUGACUCAUGAUCUGAAUGUUCCUUAUGAAGGCACUGAGGAGUAUGAGACUCCCACUGCUGAAAUGCUCUUCCCUCCGACACCAUUGCAGACCCCCCUUCCGACGCCGCUUCCGGGUACUGCUGAUAACUCCUCCAUGUAUAACAUCCCUACUGGCUCAAGUGAUUAUCCAACUCCUGGAACUGAGAACGGAAGCAACCCUGAUGCUAAAGGAAGACCCAGUCCUUAUAUGCAACCACCUUCUCCAUGGACAAAUCCAAGGCUUGAUGUCAACGUUGCUUAUGUGGAUGGCCGUGAUGAGCCUGAGCGAGGAAACUCUAAUCAGCAGUUUACGCAGGACUUAUUUGUGCCAUCCAAUGGGAAACGAAAGCGCGAUGAUUCUUCUGCACAAUAUCAAAAUGGUGGGUCUAUACCACAACAGGAUGGUGCAAGCGAUGCUAUGCCUAAGGCAAACCUUGAGGGUGAUGCAUUCUGCAUUACCUUUGUUGGCAACAGAAAGGUCCUACGAGAUUUCAUCUGCUCAUCAUCGAAGAUUCCUCAAGUUGACGGGCCAAUGCCUGACCCUUAUGAUGAAAUGUUGUCGACGCCAAAUAUAUACAGCUAUCAAGGACCCAGUGAAGACUUUAACGAGGGCAGAACUCCUGCUCCAAACGAGAUCCAAGCGAGCACUCCUGUUGCUGCUCAAAACGAUAUCAUUGAAGAUGAUGAAGAGCUGUUGAACGAAGAUGAUGACGAUGACGAGUUGGAUGACCUAGAGAGUGGUGAGGAUAUGAACACACAACAUCUGGUUCUGGCUCAAUUUGAAAAGGUGACUCGCACAAAGAGCAGGUGGAAGUGCAAUCUGAAAGACGGGAUCAUGCAUAUAAACGAUAAGGACAUUCUCUUCAACAAAGCAACAGGCGAGUUUGACUUCUGAUCAUGACCAUAACGAUGCUUCUAGAGAAGUCCCAGGGCUUCACUGCCCAAUGUCUUUCUUUUACCUUGUGAUUUCUGAGAGAGAGAGAGAGAGACAUGAUUAUUAAUGGGAAACCGAAUCGAAACAGAAUCUAAAUCAAAAAUUAAACUGAAUCAAACCAAAAACUUGAAUUAUAA